AUGAAAUUUGCGGUUCUUCUGCUGAUCGCCGUGGUGGCGAGCGCUUACGGCGUCGCGUUCCGAGAGGUGUGGAAGGUGUUUAAGGUGGAGCACAAAAUGCAGUAUUCAGCGGAUGACCCCACUGACAUCUUGGAUCCGAAAUACGUUGCGAGCAAGAAGAAUGUGGUUCAGAAUAACAAUGCACACGCUCAGGCAAGUUUCCCAGAGGAUAAUCACGUGAAAGAGGACAAACGCACUGUGGUUCCUCCAGCGACGGUUGGCUCUCAGCACUUGAGCCUGGAUAAAUUACCUUCACAUUUAAAUUGGACCGCGAAAGGAGCCGUUACGGAGGUCAAGGACCAACAUAUGUAUGAUUGCCCCUCCGGAGGUUGGGCUUUCAGCGCUACUGGUGCUCUCGAGGCCCAAUAUUUCCUAAGAACAGGCCGCUUAGUGUCUCUCUCUGAGCAGCACUUGUUAGACUGUUCAUAUUUCUAUGGCAACAACAAUUGUGAUGGAGGCGAGGUAGAUUGGGCCUUCGCGUUCGUCGCAAGCCACGGCGGCAUUGCCACGGAUGAACACUACCCUUACAACGGUAUUGAGGGCCAGUGCGGCAGCGGCCGUUCCUUCAGGUACUCCAAUGUGACCGUCAACGGUUUCGUCCAAGUACCGAGCGACGAUGAAACAGAACUGCAGAAGUGGGUCGCGCGAUACGGGCCAGCGUCCGUCGUCGUCCACAGCCAGUUAUACAGUUUCGAGAAUUACCAAGGCGGCGUGUAUUACGACAAGGGCUGCGCCAAGUACGAUCUCGAACUCAACCACGCGAUGCUGGUGGUGGGGUACGGCACACAGCAGCCGGGCGGUGACUACUGGCUGAUCAAGAACUCGUGGGGCACAGACUGGGGCAUAGAUGGUUACAUGAAGCUAGCGCGAAACCGCGGCAACCACUGCGGUGUCGCCUCGCGAGUCACCUACCCGUUGCCGCUACGUUCUUAG